AUGGCACACUCGAACAACAAACAAACAUCGACAAGCAACGGUGUCCCACCAGGAGCGUUGCAAUCCCGAAAUGGCAAAGCAUAUUCCGCAGGUAAUGACGAAGGCGAAACACAUGACAAAAAGGCACACAGGUUCUUUUCCUCCAAAAAAUUUGCUAUCCUUUUUGUGGUUGCUUGCAUCUUUUUAACGCAUCAAGAUGACUUCGAAACACAAGAACAGCAUGUCGCCAAAGUACGCGUACGUAACAGAGUUGCCCGAAGUUUAGCAAAGGUAAAAGCAACUCCAUCAGAUGAUGAGCUUGAAUUAGAUCCGAUGGCAUUCGAACACUAUGACGAUGCUCCACCAACCUAUGAACAAACCUAUGAAGGUGCAUACGACGAUGUCGACGAACCGUAUGAACAAGCCUAUGAAUCUCCCCCGAAACGAGUAUACUCUCGCAACCAAUGGUCGACACCAAAAAAACGAUGUUAUCGAGACGGAGCAGGAGCUAUUCUAAAAGAACGGAAAGUGGUGGAGUACGAGAUACCACAACAAGUGCAUUAUGAAAAAAAGUGGAAAAUAGAACAUGAUGAACGGGAAGAAGAAGUCCAUAACGGCGACAAAUUAUCUGCCGAUGUAGCAGUCGCCGAGGCAGUUGCAACGUCUAGCACAUCGCUUUCGAAGGUUGGUGAAGACGGCUCGUUGCCACCGUCCCCACAGAAUAAUGUACAAAAUAAAGGACAAAGUGCAAAAACCGAACAGGAAUCUAAAGGGCCUUCGGGUACAGGAACGACUCGAAGCACCGCAAGCACCAGAAGCAUCGGAAGCACAAUGCACGGGAAGCAGGUUGAAGCAGUUAACAUCAACACCGGAAGAGACUUUAGUAGACGGAAAUUGGCUAAAUAUAUUGUAUAUAGUUGCAAUGGGUAUAGGCAGUAUGUUCUCACUUGGGAUAUUCCGGAGCUGCUACCGAAAGCGAAGGCAAAAGCGCCGAAGAAGAAUAUUUUGACAGACCAAAAUUGCAUCAAAACAAGAUCACAAACCCGAGGUACUCCGGAUAAAUCCAGAGAUACCCCGAGAAACCGAAAGCAACUAACAAAGCAUAACUUCCUGUAUUGCACUUCUGGGUAG